GUCAAACUUGGCCAUGGUCGGGGGCUCACCACCCCGGGAGCCGCGGUAUAAAAGCGGGGCCCACCUGCUCGCCGCAGUCCUUUUCGUUCCGAGGCGUUUGAGCUUUUGAGUGGCGGCCGCGAGUGUUGAGCGCGCAGUGCGAGACUCUCACGUCGCGGGACGCCUUCCGAGCGGAGAAAAGCAACCAUGGGGUUUGCAUCCCGUGCCCGGCUCUUGCUGCUGCUCGUCGCCUGUCUUCACGCCACGGCGCCUUCGCCGGUCACCGCGCACCCGACGGACGGAGCGGCAGAGAAAGACGGCGGUGCGGGCAGCCUCCCCAAGACGCGUCUCUCCAUGCAGGGCGCAGUGGAGGUUGGCCAGUGUCUGGUGGCGGCCGCGGACGCGGGGUGCGGCGCCUUCGCGUGCCUGGAGAACACCACGUGUGACAGCCCCGGCCUACAGGCGCUGUGCGCCGAGCUGGUGCGACACGCGGACAUGUACGACGUGCAGGGGAAGUCUUUCAUCAAGGAGGCUCUGAAGUGCAUGGCUCAAGGGCUGCGCGGCCGCUUCAACUGCAACCAGCGCAAGUGCUCGGCGCUGAGCGACCUGGCCCUGCAGCUGCAACGGGAGUGCUACCACAGACACGAGCUGUGCGCCGCCGCGAAGCCCAACGCCGAGGCCAUGGCCCUGUCCGUGCCGCACCCCACCGCGCUCCCCAAGGGCCCCUACCUGGAGCUGCUCCGGGCGCUGUUCUCGUGCGACAACGCCACCUCGGCCGCCGUGCGCCGCGCCCUCUCGGCGCGACUCGGCAAGGCGCACGCCUCCGCCCUGGCGCAGAUGCUGGGGGGCAGCGCCCCGCGACGACAACACCCGGGCAAGCCUGCUCCGGGAGAGGCGAGCGAGGGGGGCAGGGAGGGGGGCAAGGAGGGGGGGAAAGAGGGAAGCAGGGAUGGUGGAAGGGAGGUGGGUAAGGAGGGAGGUAAAGACGGAGGACGCCGAGGAGCGUCAGGCGCCCAUCAUCCAAAAUCUGGCAAAAGCUCCCAGUAGAGAAGUCCCCCCCACCCCGCCCAUCACCUCCCACGCCCCCCCCCCCCACCCCACGUUUAUCGGUCCAUUCAACCAGGAUCUAUGCCAGGGUUUCCCAAAUUCUGAACUAAGUCCUCGCUACCCACCGCAGUGUGGUUUUCCGUGCGUACCGAAUACCGACGCACGUGCACGCUACACGCGCCUGAUGAUUGGUCAACGUGGCGACAUGCACGCACUGUGCUUUGGGCAGUGAGGAUAGGGUGGUAGGGGGAGGAUUUUGGAAGCCCUGGGAUGUGCCAAACAAACCCGAUCGAGGAGACGGAUUCAUCGGCGUGUGAACAAGCAGUGCAAUCCUCCAGAUCGCGCAUGCCCCCCCCCCCCCGCUCGAUUUUAUGGCGACGGGAACACAACUUCUCACAGCGGGGCCCCCACGUGGCCCGAUCAGUGAACCACGCGCGGUCACCUCGAGCCAAGAGUUGGGUUUGGCGAGUGAUGGGUCCCCAAAGAGAUGUUGAGAGCACCGAUUAAAAUGAAAGCCCAAUACUUAAUUCGUAAUCUGAACGCAAAAAAAAUAUCAGAAAAUUAUCUUAGCCCACCGGUCAGAGGUGAGAAGACAAAUGUGAGCCCGGCAAUCAUAUCCCAUCGGUAUUAAGUAGCCACUGAAACGUAACUUGACACGAUUACGAUAAUUGGGGACGAUAACUUACGAUAACAGCACGUACGCACACUAUAUAUAGUAUAUACGCAAAUACAUCACCAGCUUUUGGCGAUGCAGAUGUUUGGGAUUUUGAAAUCGUACGCUAUGUAAGAGCGUACGCCACACUUACGUGAUGCUGCUAUAGAGUAUCGUAGACUGUAGAUUUACAAAAAAAAGCUGCUAUCUCUCUCUCUCUCUCUAUGGAAGUAGGGGAAGAAACAAAGGAAGUACCGUGUACCGCGAUGCGGCGACGCAUCGUGACACUGGGACACGGAAUCAUUGACCCACUGUUUAUCGCGGUCGCCACUUCGCGCGACCUCGACACCAACUCUACCUCGGCGUGACGGGAGCGAGCGAUGCGAGCCCCCCCCCCCCCCUCCCUCCUCACGUGUGGGGGGGGGGGGAGGGAAACUGAGAAUUAUUUUUUUUUUGUUUCCGCCGCCGAUAUUUGACGGGAAAACGCGGCCGAACAAAAAAAAUAAUCUAAAAUCCGCGGAGAUAUUUUCCCCUUCCCAAAACUCGGCGUUCCCGCAGGCGCGCGCUACGCACCGGGCUACACUCACGGCGUGUCCCUCCACGGGGUUCCCGGCGUGGUCAAAGUUCGACACCAAGGAGCGGUGUGUUGCCUGUGUUUGUUUGUUUUUGUGUGUGUAGCUCACUUCCCCGGGCCUCAUUCACACUUUGAAACGUAUGGGCCUCGCUGGCGGUUUGUUUUCGUUGAUGGUAAUGGAAUCUCGUGCAGACUUUACGUUCAAAUGUGGACGAAAAGAGACGUUCAACCUCAACCACGCGUUUCGGGCCACAUACCGAAGCACACCACCGUCAUCAUCAUCACCAACAUUAUCCACACACGCACGCACGCAGUCAUGACCCGAUCAAGUGAUGACGCCAGCAACAGGGAGGGGGUCGUCUCGCAGGCCGAACGGUCGAUUCUCCACUUCGAGUUGGGUCACUCGCCAAUGGUAUCUACCCGAAGUAGUCGUGGGCCACCCCUACCUCGGUCGACUCAGCCACAGAGUGAGUACCCUGUGGCUGAGUCGACCUAGGCGACAGCUCCUCGUGCGCUCACAACAAGCGUGUUCGUCUUACACGAGGAAGGCUCUCCAGGCCGAUAUCUCUUGCGCGUGAUUUCAUUUAAAUCAGAGGCAGGCGCGCCACCGACCGCGCGCUUCUGUACAACAGCGCCCCCUAGAGCCUCCCCACCGUCAUCGCUUCUGCGCGUCCGCUGGCUCCGCGGCCAGGGAGGCGCUCGCAGUCGUUCCAACUCAUGGAUUUGGCCCCACUGAAGGCGGUGGGGGGUAGGGGGGGCAAUAGACAAUUGACCCCUCCCGACACGCGCCCGUUCUCAUCACAUCCCGGAAGCUAAGCAGGGCUGAGCCUGCAUGCUGCUCGGAUGGGAAACCACCGCGCGCAGCAGAGAGGGGGGAGCAGCCAGAGAUAUGACCGCCCUGCCCCCCCUCCCCUGCCGCCUCGCCAGUGCGGAACAUAAAAAGAGAGAGAGAGAGGAGGAGUCGACGGAGAGCGACUGCGUGGGGUGAGGUCCGAGCGGAGCGGCACGAGCGGGAAUUUUGUUACGGUCAACAACAACAACAACAAGCACAACAACCACCACAACAACAACCGAACUGGUGGUCAUGAAUAAGAUUAAUUUAGCUUGGACAGGUCGGCCUAAUUCACUUGAAGCCUAACGAUGUGAACCGGCACUCGAGAGUCACUCGAAAGUAACACAGCUGUCGUCUCUCUUGCAAUGCAUUGGCCACGGAGAACCGUGCAGAGACGGCACACGCGGGCCGCCGUCCACCCCACACAGCUCCUGCUCGCAGGCCGGACCCAAAUCGCCUUACUCAUGACCCCAACUCGACUCACACGAUCUCACCAGACACUCGCCUUACUCAUGACCCCAACUCGACUCACACGAUAUCACCAGACACUCGCCUUACUCACGGCCCCAACUCGACUCACACGAUAUCACCAGACACUCGCCUUACUCGUGACCCCAACUCGACUCACACGAUCUCACCAGACACUCGCCUUACUCACGACCCCAACUCGACACACACAAUCUCACCAAACACUCGCCUUACUCGUGGCCCCAACUCGACACACACGAUCUCACCAGACACUCACCUUACUCACGACCCUAACUCGACUCACACGAUCUCACCAGACUCUCGCCUUACUCAUGGCCCCAACUCGACUCACACGAACUCACCAGACUCUCGCCUUACUCACGACCCCAACUCGACUCACACGAUCUCACCAGACACUCGCCUUACUCGUGACCCCAACUCGACACACACGAUCUCACCAGACUCUCGCCUUACUCACGACCCCAACUCGACUCACACGAUCUCACCAGACACUCGCCUUACUCGUGGCCCCAACUCGACACACACGAUCUCACCAGACACUCACCUUACUCACGACCCCAACUCGACUCACACGAUCUCACCAGACUCUCGCCUUACUCGUGACCCUAACCCGACUCACACGACCUCACCAGACACUCGCCUUACUCACGACCCUAACUCGACUCACACGAUCUCACCAGACACUCGCCUUACUCGUGACCCUAACCCGGCAACUGCCCAAUGCCCUUACCAUGACCAUACCCCCAAUCCAAUCUCCAGCGUUUCGCCCGGUCAACCCCCACCCCCUCCCCCCGCUGCACCCAUGGUACACCUUCCAUCAGGAGAUCCCCCUCCGGAUCAAAUACCGUAGCAGAGCCAACGUCGUGGGAACAUUUGAGAUACAAAAAAAGAAACAGCCGUGAAAGACAACUCUUGUUUGUAAACGACAGCAAGAGCGAGGCCGAAGUUCGAUACCAUGGUCAAGGUGUUGUGUGUCAAUAAAAAAAACACCACGAAGGAUUGGCGCGGAGCCGAAGUUAAACCGCUCAACCAGCACGGUGGGUGGAUUAACCAGAGCGGAUGAAGAUCUCCCCGUUUAUUUUGCACGGGGGGGGGUGCCUUGGGGGCUUGGGGGGAUUCGACCGUGAAACCCCGGGGCCAUAGAAUUCACGAUUGUUCGCGUGUUCACGUUCCGUGGUGGUCCCAGCGCCUCCGCCACACAAACUCAGGUAUAGCCGACGUGCUCUCGGCGUUCGAGUUGACGCGCAGACAGGGCCCAGGAGCGGUCGCGACGCGGUGGGGAGCGCGCGCGAUGGACGGUCCCGAGCCAGCGGGGCGUCAUGCCCCGCACGCGGCUCCCUCGCGUUUUGUACGAAAUCUGCGAGCAACGCGCUCCAGACACAGCCUCCGCAUCUAUUUAUGUUAAUUUAUUGCUACUGCCAUGGCUCUCGUCGCUAUCGUUGCUGCUACACGACCACGUGACGUCGCAGUAUUCUCUGGUGGCCCGUUUUGCCAGAGGAGGGCAACAUUCACUGGGUUCAUAAUCUGUUUUUUUUUCGGGGGGUGGGGGGGUAGGUUAUUGGAAUAAGUGUUUAUUAGUGUUUAUUAGAGUACAAAUUCAAGUUUGGAAAUUGAUUUAAAAAAAGAUUCUACCUAAUUUGAAUAAGAAAUGUCCAUAUCAAGAGCAAGAAAAAUAAUCGCACAUUCUGUUGUUUCUUAUUUGUCCCCAACUUGAUCUCAAUUAUGGUGCCAUCAGUGCCGCAUGACGCGAAGCAGGGCAGCCCUACGUGGUAGAGGAUGGCGCAUGCAAGCGGCCCCCACGGAGCUACCUCUGAGUUCCCUUGAGGUGACCUCCGGUCCACUUUUCCACCCGGCUUGCCACUGAGGUUAAUGUUCGUCGCAUCACAUUAAACCCAAAGGUGUUCAAUUACAUGAGCUAGAAUGCAGACAAAAUGUAUCGGCAGAACCAAAUUGUAACGUAAUGGGAUUAUUUUACGUGCAGUUAUUGGCCGCAGAGCUGAGACCAUCAAACCUCUCAUGCACCCAGUUUAAGCACGGGCGACUGACUACUUGGAUUCGAGUCCAGGAUCUCGCUCAGUGCUCUGACCUCCCAGCCCACUCGGCCACCGAAGACGUGAACGACCCUAACCGAUUGCUUGUGACCUGCACACGAACGCCCUAGGGCCAUCCGUCCCGCACGCUUUGUGAACCCAGCGAAUGACCGCGCACAGCAACACAUAUCCUCCCCGGCGCUGCAGCGAGAAACGCCGCCGCUCUGAUAAAAACAAACCAAUGCAGCAGCCAAAUUACGAUGGGCUUUAGGGCCCAAGGGGUGGUAACGGCCACUGGGCGUACGUGGCGUGCCCACACGCGUGGUAAGGGAGGAAGCACGGGGAAUAGUGUGAUCAGCAGGAGUUAGGGAUACCUCUGGCUUGCCAUUUGGAACUUUAAACCUAACCCCCGUGCGCGUACCGAUUGCUGCUCUGGCCCACGGACUCAGUAACCCGGCGGGCGCCUCGUACACGGGGUGCCUGUGCUCUCUGCGGUGUGUGUGUAUGUACGUGCGAUUUGUCCCGAUUCGCACUGGCGGGUCGCGCUUAUGACUCUCCACCGGCUGCUACGGAGCGCGGCGACUCGUCCAGCCUCGCCCGCCCGCGUGGCGGCUGCCACCCGGAGCUCGCUGCUUUAUCCGUGACCGAGUCGGCCUCGCACGGAGCCGCCGCUAUCGACUUUAAUACGAGCGAUACACUCAAGCCACAUGGAAUAUACUUAUCCGAAACAUUCUCUUUGAUACAUACAUAUAAAAUUAUCUAUAUUCUUGUAUACUGUAAUGGCACAAUUAUGUUAUUGCAUUUAAUCACAAAUAAAUACAUAUAUAUGUA